AUGGUUGGAGAGCAUGCUCAGAUAGAGAGAUAUAUGGAUGUACUAGUGAGAGGAAGAGGUCGAGGAAGAGGAAGGAAUCAAUCCGAGUCAACUGCUCAACUUGAAGUACGUUCUACAUCUCGAGUUUAUAAUUUGAAGACCAGUGAAGAUUGUGAUGACCCAGAAGUCAUUACAUGUACUUUUCAGAUAGCCGAUAAAUCUUUUUUGGUUUUGAUUGACUUGGGAUUGAAUUAUUCUUAUGUCAAUAGUAAAUUGGUUAAAGAGUUGAACCUUCCAUUAGAGCCUAUUUGUAGUAAUAUGAUUGUGACGAACCCAUUAGAAAAUAGUGCCCGGCGAGUACAAUUAACAAGUGUGGAGGGAUUGGAGGUUAGUUUGGUCAGUGAAAGAAUCCAUCUUUUAGCUAAUGUGAUAUUAGUAAUGUCGGCUCAGAAGUUGAUGCUGGAAGGAUGUCAAGUGUAUAUUGCUAAUGUAAUCAAUAGAAGAGUUACAAGAAGUAUAAUUAAAGAUAUUUUGACAGUGAGAGAGUUUCCCGACAUGUUUCUGGAUGAUUUUCCUAGGUUACCUCCAGAUAGGGAGGUUGAGUUUCAAAUUGAAGUGAUGUCAGGAUCAGCACCCAUUUCGAUAGCUCGUUACAGGAUGGCCCGAGAGAGUUAA